GGCAAGUGACGAUUGACGCUGAGCUGCAAUUGACUUGGAGUUUCAUGCAACCUCCUGUUCUCCUGCCAACUGACUGGCGAUCUUCUUUUGUCCCUUUGCAUCUUCAUAGACUUUGCUCUCAUAAUUUUCUGGAAUUCAAGUUCUGCUUGUUGUGAAUGCCCACUCCCGCAGCUCCGUGUUCCUGAGAUCAAGGCUGCCUGACCAGCCUCCACCUUAACCAUGUGGAACGAUGAAGAUAACAACCCGUACGGCGCAUUUGACAGCGAGGCCCGGCUGUCAGAAUCGCUCCACACGACGAGUCUUAGUCCUCCUCUCUAUAAUACCGAUUAUCCCCCUCCACCUUCCAGCCAAUCCUCCAACCCCGAUACAGACUACUCGCAGCCACAAGAAGCGAGCGACGAUGACGCGGCCGAAUAUAAUGCUCAGCAGGCCGGUGCCGGAUACACUCGCAAAAGUGUGUACGAUAGUCGCAUAGAGCAACUGCUUUAUGAGAACCCGGAGAUGCCGAUCCUUAUCACCGACGCCGGGAAGAACCACGAGGGAGGUGGUAGCUUCAUCGUAUACACCAUUAGAACUGGAGAUUUAGAGGUUCGGCGACGGUACUCGGAAUUCGCGUCGCUGCGACAGACGCUUGUUAACCUUCAUCCAACCCUCAUCAUUCCGCCGAUUCCCGAAAAGCACUCAAUGGCCGACUAUGCCGCGAAACCGACAAAGGCUAAAGAAGACACGGGUAUUAUCGAGCUCCGAAAACGGAUGCUCGCGGUGUUUUUGAAUCGAUGCCGGAGAAUGAAGGAAGUCCGUGAGGACGGGGUCUGGUGGAGGUUCCUGGAUCCUAAUGUCAGCUGGAAUGAGGUUCUGCAUUCCCAACCCGUAUCCUCGAUCCCAAAGAACAACCUCAAAGCGCCCCCUCUUGACCCGGCCAACCCUUCACCCGCGCACGCUUGGCUACCGAUUCCAUCUACGUCUGCAAAGUUGAAGAACUCACCCGGAACGGCUACUUCACCAACUACGGAUACACCUGGCCCGGAGAUUCUUGGCCGCUUUCCCCCGGAGUCGCGGAAACUGAGCGAGAAAGACCUGGAUCCAUAUUUUAUCAACUUUGAGGCUUCGACCCGGGAACUGGAGCUGCUGCUACAAGGGAACAUGGAAAAGGUGAACCGCCGCACGCUUUCACAUCUAUCGGCACUCUCUGCAGAUCUGAUGGAGCUCGGGGCGCGGUAUAAUGGUUUCUCGCUAUCUGAGCAAUCUCCGACCGUCGCUACUGCUAUCGAGCGGGUCGGACAGGCGGCCGAUACGUCCUAUAUUGAGACAGAGGAAUUAUCUGCUGCCCUAAGUGCCCACUUUGCGGAGCCGAUGCGAGAGAGCGCUCAAUUUGCAAGCGUCGUCCGCAGCGUUCUGCGAUACCGGGUACUCAAACGAGUGCAGGAGGACAUGACACGGGAUGAGUUGGCGAAAAAGAAGUCGCUCUUGGAGUCUCUUGAACGAAGCGAAAUGGAGGCGAAGCGUAUCGAACAGUACCUCAACCGCACCUCGCCGCAAACCGCGACAAAGCCCGGUCGAUCUCUGUCGACGUCGUCAGUAACUAGCAGUCAGGGUGGAACUGAAGGAGAGUCAAGACCAAGCGAAGAUUCCGCGUCAUUUGACUCCGACUUUCCCCCUACGCAUGCCGAACCUCCGGCGCAGCGGUAUCCCGAGUCCGGACAGACGUCGCCAACACACCGCAAGACGUCUAGUGGAAACUUUGUCACCAACAAGAUUUUCGGUCGCAUCAGCCACGCGGUCCAUGGAUUCGUGGACGUCGAUCCCGAGCGGACACGGCGGGACCACAUCGGCAAGACGAAGGAAAGCUUGGUCCAGCUUGAGCAAGCGUUGGGUGUAUCUGAGAAGGACGUCAAGGAUGCAAGCGCAGGUGUCUUGCAGGACCUGAAGCGGUUCCAGAAGGACAAGGAGGCGGAUCUCCGGCGGUACAUGGUCGCGUACGCGCGGUGCCAUCUCGACUGGGCGCGCAAAAACCUGGAGACAUGGACGGAAGCCAAAGACGAAGUGGACAAAAUCGUUGCUCGGUAG